AUGACGUCCGGCUCCUCGCUGCUCCUCCUCCUCCUCCUCGGCUCCGCUGCGGGCUUCGAGCUGCUGCCGGACGAGGCUGCUCCCCGCCGGGCACGAUUCUCUGCAAACAGCCCGACUGACGUUGCCAGAUGUUUGAAUGGAGCCGUGGCCGUCGGCUGUGGAUUCUUCUCUUGUCUAGAAAACUCGACCUGUGACACCGACGGGAUGCACGAGAUCUGUGAGCUCUUCCUCCAAUCAGCUGCCACCUUCAACACAGAGGGUAAGACCUUCGUGAAGAAGAGUCUUCACUGCAUCUCUCAGGGAAUCUCAUCGAAGGUUUUCCAAACGAUCCGUCGCUGUAACAUCUUCCAGAGGAUGAUCGCUGAGGUGCAGGAAGAGUGUUACAGCAGUCUGGACAUCUGCACUGUGGCUCGAACCAACCCUGACGCCAUCGGAGAGGUGGUGCAGGUUCCCACGCACUUCCCCAACAGGUGA